AUGUAUAAUAACGAUACACUAGAAUCGCGGGUAAUUCCAGCUGAAGAAACACAUAUCUCUUUAGAUCAACUGCCUAAAAAACGCAAAAGAAUAUCCAAAAAGAAACAAAAGGAAAAACGCAAAAAAGAUAAAAUACCAUUAAACAAUCAACGACCUUUACAAGAAGUUCAGAGUGAUCCCAUUUUACGACAAAUGAUCCCUAUCUUAUCUUCAACAUCAGAGGAAACCAGUCAAAACCGAAUAAAAAUUAUGACCUAUAAUCUUCUUGCUCAAUCUCUCAUCCGCAGGGAACUCUUUCCUGAAUCUGGUGAGGCACUUAAAUGGAAAAACCGUCGUCCUCGUUUGCUAAAAGAGAUAUUAUAUUAUGAACCCGAUGUCUCUUGUUUUCAAGAAAUGGACCAUAAUAAUUAUAUCGAUACUUUUAAACCUGAAUUCGAACUUGCUGGAUAUGAAACAUGUUUCGCUGGAAUUGGUAAAAGACAUGGUUGUUGUAUAAUUUGGAAACGAUCUAAAUUUACAAAAUUAAGUGAUCUUACUAUCCAAUUUGACAGGUUUGGGGUACCUACGAUGACAACAAAUUGGACAACUCAUCUCUAUUGGAGACCUCAGAGCAUGUAUGAACGUGCAAGACAAUGUUCAAUACUUUGCGAAAAUUUAUUAAAAUUUAAAGAGGAAUUUGGUUUUGAAGCAAUACUAGCCGGUGAUUUUAAUUCAACACCAAAUAAUCCUACUUAUAAACUGAUGGUAGGGAACACAUCGUUGACUGUGGAUGAAAUUUUAGAAUUAGAAGGUUCAAUGAGACCUUUUGGAGAGAAUGUAACCUCCAACGAUUCUCCUUCAACAGAAGAUAUAUUUAAAAACAGUCUUGACCACAGUGCUGAUUCAAUUAUAAAUUAUGAUGGUACAGGUUUGUUAAAUUCUUCAUCUACUUCUGUGCCAAUCACACAGCAAAUAUUAUCAUCAACGAAUGUUGAGCAAUCUAUACAAACCGAAUCGGCAUCUCAAUUUCAACCAUCACUUCCAGAUUUGCUUUCAUAUUUUGCAAACCUUCCAUCUUGUGUAUCAUUGUAUGCACAGCAUCUGAAUUCAAUAGAUCCAGAAAAUACUAUUUAUUCUGAACCAAAAUUUACAAAUUAUGGAUUGCAUUUCAAAGGAACUUUGGAUUAUAUUUUUCUUUUUUGUCAAAAUUAUAACAAUCAAAAUAACGAAUAUUGUGAUGAAAAUGCCCAAUCCAAGGUUAAAGUUACUAAAUUAUUAAAAAUGCCACAAGAGGAUCUAUUAUUACCACAUUUACCUAAUUAUAAAUUCAAUUCUGAUCAUUUAUGUUUAAUGGUCGAAGUAGUUGGGCUGGUUCAAUAA